UAUGUUGCGACCCCCACUGCUCUGCUUGAAGAUGGUUUUACGAUCCCGACCAUUUCCCAGAGCACACUUGAACCCGUCGCGUUGAAGAGACACAAUCCGUCUGCGCGUAAAAAAAAAAAACCCAAUAUACCAAAGACACAGAAAACCUGCACGGAAGCAGGCAGACCAGAAAACACAGAAAAGGGGAGAGGUUAUUCCCAGAAACGGAAACAACGCUGCUCGUUCUCAUAUCCCAGAAGAUCAGUGGAAUAACUCCUCCAAGACAGGCGCGCAUGAAAUUCAAGAUCUGAAGCCCUCCUUCAGUGAACGCACACACAGGCCAAAGAGAAUCUGAUAUUUCUCGGAAGAUGGAGCCUGCUGAGUCAGAGAUGAACAUAUUAUCCAACGGGAAACCCCAUGAUCUUGGAGAUGACAUGGGUGUGCCAAUGAAGACGUUGCUAGCAGAGGAUCAAAAUGGUACUGAAUCUGUCAGAUUUGAUGACCCAGAAGGAGCACUUGAGUGUGAGGAGUUCUUGCCCAGCACAGAUGGAAAGAAGCCCACACGUUUCACUGAUUUUGAAGGAAAGACUUCCUUUGGUAUGUCAGUCUUCAACCUUGGCAAUGCGAUUAUGGGCAGUGGCAUCCUAGGACUGGCUUAUGCCAUGGCUAACACUGGCAUACUUCUCUUUUUGUUUCUUUUGACUGCAGUUGCAGCCUUAUCGUCCUACUCCAUUCAUCUACUGCUCAAAUCUUCUGGCAUCGUGGGUAUUCGUUCUUAUGAACAGCUGGGCAACAGGGCCUUUGGUACUCCUGGAAAAAUGGCUGCUGGCAUCGCAAUCACCCUGCAGAACAUUGGCGCCAUGUCCAGCUACCUGUACAUCGUUAAAUCAGAGCUGCCGCUGGUCAUCCAAGCUUUCCUGAAGGCGGACCCCAACUCUGAUCUGUGGUACUUGAACGGAAACUAUCUGGUCAUCAUGGUGUCAGCCAGCAUCAUCCUGCCCCUAGCUCUGAUGAAGCAACUUGGUUACCUUGGCUACACCAGUGGCUUUUCCCUCAGCUGCAUGGUGUUCUUUCUGUCUGCUGUCACCUACAAGAAGUUUCAGAUCCUUUGCCCGUUUGAGGAGUUCUCGGCCAACAGCACCGCUGGGCAUCUCGGCCUGAAUGAUUCCAGCCUCAGCCACGACCACAGCAACAGUUUGCUUCACGAAGACAACGACUCGCACUGCACCCCACGCAUGUUCACCAUCAACUCACAGACGGCGUACACAAUCCCCAUCCUGGCUUUCGCCUUCGUUUGCCAUCCCGAGGUCCUGCCCAUCUACACCGAGCUACGCAAUCCAUCAAAGAAGAAGAUGCAGAAGGUUUCCAACGUCUCCAUCCUUGUUAUGUACACCAUGUACUUUCUGGCUGCUCUCUUUGGCUACCUGACAUUUUAUGAUAACGUGGAGCCCGAGCUGCUGCAUACUUACAGCCGCAUCGAUCCCUACGACGUUUUGAUCCUGUGUGUUCGAGUGGCCGUCCUCACCGCUGUGACGCUGACAGUGCCAAUUGUUUUGUUCCCUGUGCGUAGAGCCAUCCUGGAGAUGAUAUUUCCCAGCAAGACUUUCAACUGGUUACGUCACUUUGGCAUUGCCUUCGUUCUGCUCGUCCUCAUCAACCUGCUCGUGAUAUUUGCUCCGAACAUUCUGGGAAUCUUCGGCAUCAUUGGCGCCACAUCAGCUCCCUGCCUCAUUUUCAUUUUCCCCGCCGUCUUCUACAUCCGCAUCGUUCCCAAAGAGGAUGAACCCAUGACCUCCACUUCGAAAAUACUGGCUGUUUGUUUUGCCGCUCUGGGCGUUUCCUUCAUGGUGAUGAGUCUGAGCUUCAUUUUCAUCGACUGGAUGUCAGGGAACAGCCUGGCUGCGGGAGGUCACUAACAGCAGCCUCCGUGCAUGCUUGUGUGUGCGGUGUUUGGAAAAGAGUCGUUCGGUAUGUUCAGCGGAAAUGGGAGUGCUGUCACCUCAGUCGAACGCAUUAGCGGGCUUUCCAGCACACGAGUCUGGGUUUGCCACCAAUACAAAAUACACACUAUAAUGAAGAUUAUGUGGAAGGAAUCAAUACCGUUAUUGUAUCUUGUCAAAUAUCUAAGCAAAAAUAUUGUCUUUGCUGCAUUUUGUAAUUUAUUUUUGAUAUUACAUAGAAUUUCUAAUACAGUUGCUCACGGUUACACAACAGAAUCCACCUGGGAUGGUGAAAUGGUCCCGUCCUGCUGCUAAGGCUUUACGUACACGCAAUCAGCUGAAUCUGUGCAGAGAGUUAGAAAACGAAAAAUAUUUCAAUUAUUCUCAAUGUGACGCACAAAGCAGUGAGGUGAUCUCACCUAGAACCAAGAAUCAGUCUGAGCUGCUCAACAUCAUCGUGUGGAAUUAAGACUAUGAAAAGCUUUAAGACUUUUAAAGUGAAGUGAUGUUUGUACUUUUCUGUAAGCUUUUUCUGCGUAUGCAUUAAAACCGCUGUGCCUUUUAUCAUUCAGAGUGGCACGCACACAUUCAAAACUGUAUAUUUAUUUAGUUAAGAGAUAUGUCCUUUUAUGAUUUAAUGAUUUAAAAUCAUGUGUAUUUAACUGCUGUGUAUGAUCACAUCUAAAAAAUCAAUGCAUUGUACUUGAUUUUUAUUUUUGAAAGCAUUACAGACUGACAAGGCUGUAUAAAUGAUUUAGGAAUUUGAUACUUCUUCUUAUCAAAUCUCUAGGCCAAACAUCCUGGGAUUUGAUAAUAAGCCUACUGUAGAUUAUGCUGACCUUACUAGUUAAAUAACAUGUAUUUGUAAUAUUUCCAUUCCUCAUUUAUGGGCAUCCCUGGUAAAGAGGUGUAAAAAGCCUUAAAAUAAAUUAUAUAUCAUAAAAUUAUAAAGAUUAACAUGCUUCUGCUUUACUUGACUAGGCGUGUUGUUUAGUUUUUCCCAUUUCGCAGAAUGACUGGUCAAAACUGAUCACUGGGUCAUAUGUAUACCUCAGGGAAAGUCGUUGAUUACUAAUUAAACCUUGAACCUCCGAUCAAGAUUAAAAGUCAGAAUGAUUUAA